ACAUUUAGACCAUGGAGUAACUGGAAGAAGCCUGCUUUAGGUCAACUGGCUGCAGGGAAGGUCUGCUACCAAGAGGGCCCUCCACUUGAACUCUCCUGCUCAAAACGUGUGGGCUGCAUUGAAGUGGAGCGCUGGAGCGUGAGUUUGGCAGACUCGACGACCCCAGGGUCAACUCCCCUUCUCUUUCCAUGCUCAUCAGUCAGUAACGUGGAAAAAAUCAGUUAUGAAACUAGGAGACAGAUUAGUCUAUCAGAUAAUGAAACUAAAACUAGCAGACAGAUUAGCCUAUCAGAUAAUGAACUAGCAGACAGAUUAGUCUAUCAAAUAAUGAAACUAAAACUAGCAGACAGAUUAGCCUAUCAGAUAAUGAAACUAGCAGACAGAUUAGCCUAUCAGAUAAUGAAACUAGCAGACAGAUUAGUCUAUCAGAUAAUGAAACUAAAACUAGCAGACAGAUUAGUCUAUCAGAUAAUGAAACUAAAACUAGCAGACAGAUUAGUCUAUCAGAUAAUGAAACUAGCAGACAGAUUAGUCUAUCAGAUUAUGAAACUAGCAGACGGAUUAGUCUAUCAGAUAAUGAAACUAGCAGACAGAUUAGUCUAUCAGAUAAUGAAACUAGCAGACAGAUUAGUCUAUCAGAUAAUGAAACUAGCAGACAGAUUAGUCUAUCAGAUAAUGAAACUAGCAGACAGAUUAGUCUAUCAGAUAAUGAAACUAGCAGACAGAUUAGUCUAUCAGAUAAUGAAACUAAAACUAGCAGACAGAUUAGUCUAUCAGAUAAUGAAACUAAAACUAGCAGACAGAUUAGUCUAUCAUAUAAUGAAACUAGCAGACAGAUUAGUCUAUCAGAUAAUGAAACUAGCAGACAGAUUAGUCUAUCAGAUAAUGAAACUAAAACUAGCAGACAGAUUAGUCUAUCAGAUAAUGAAACUAAAACUAGCAGACAGAUUAGUCUAUCAGAUAAUGAAACUAGCAGACAGAUUAGUCUAUCAGAUAAUGAAACUAGCAGACAUAUUAGCCUAUCAGAUAAUGAAACUAGCAGACAUAUUAGCCUAUCAGAUAAUGAAACUAGCAGACAUAUUAGCCUAUCAGAUAAUGAAACUAGCAGAUAAUGAACUAGCAGAUUAGUCUAUCAGAUAAUGAAACUAGCAGACAUAUUAGCCUAUCAGAUAAUGAAACUAGCAGACAUAUUAGCCUAUCAGAUAAUGAAACUAGCAGACAUAUUAGCCUAUCAGAUAAUGAAACUAGCAGACAUAUUAGCCUAUCAGAUAAUGAAACUAGCAGACAUAUUAGCCUAUCAGAUAAUGAAACUAGCAGACAUAUUAGCCUAUCAGAUAAUGAAACUAGCAGACAUAUUAGCCUAUCAGAUAAUGAAACUAGCAGACAUAUUAGCCUAUCAGAUAACAUUACUUAUAUAAUUUCUGAUCCUUUUCUCUUGUUUUUACUAUCCUCUGGCUGGAGGACCUUGUGGAAAACCAAAAAAUAUAUAUACAUUUAGUGUACAAAACAUUAGGAAAACCUUCCUAAUAUUGAGUUGCACCCCCUUUUGCCCUCAGAACAGCUUCAAUUCGUCGGGGACAUGGACUCUACAAGGUGUUGAAUGUGUUCCACAGGGAUUCUGGCCCAUGUUGACUCCAAUGCUUUAUUUGUAUCCCUGGUUGACAGCCCUGGUUGACAGCCCUGGUUGACAGCACUGGUUGACAGCACUGGUUGAAAGCUCCACCUGCAAUAACAUCUGCUAAAUAUGUGUAUGCAACCAAUACAAUUGGAUUUUAUUAGAUUUUUGGUUGACAGCCCUGGUUGACAGCCCUAGUUGACAGCCCUGGUUGACAGCCCUAGUUGACAGCACUGGUUGACAGCUCUGGUUUACAGCACUGGUUGACAACACUGGUUGACAGCACCGGUUGAGCUUCAAAGACAGAGUCAAUUCAAGACGUGUUGUAGCACAGCACACUAUAACAGACUUUUAUUGGAUUGAAUGCCGGCCCUCAUCUGUUCAAGACAAUGCACAUUCACUGAUCCUGUGCUAAUGGAUUUCUGCUCUGCACUGAUCUCUACAGUCAGUGGAUGAGGAUGCUGGGAAGAUACGUGAUCAUUGAUCAGAUGCAGUGUGAUUUUAAUGGUCCGCCCCACCACAUCUUCCUUUAAAGAACAUUUAGACCAUGGAGUAACUGGAAGAAGCCUGCUUUAGGUCAACUGGCUGCAGGGAAGGUCUGCUACCAAGAGGGCCCUCCACUUGAACUCUCCUGCUCAAAACGUGUGGGCUGCAUUGAAGUGGAGCGCUGGAGCGUGAGUUUGGCAGACUCGACGACCCCAGGGUCAACUCCCCUUCUCUUUCCAUGCUCAUCAGUAGAUGUCACAGUAAUGAAACUAGCGACAGUUAGUCUAUCAGAUAUGAAAUAGCAGACAGAUGUCUACAGAUAAUGAAACUAGCCGAAGAUUAGUCAUCAGAUAAGAAACUAGCAACAGAUUGUCUUAGAUAAUGAACUAGCCAGCGAUAGUCUUCAUAAUUUUAAAAUGCAGACAGAUUAGUUAUCAGAUAAUGAAACUAGCAGACAGAUAGCUCUUAUCAGAUAAUGAAACUAGCAGGACAGUUGUCUAUCAGAUGAAGGAC